UCAUAAAUUGAUUUGGAAGUCCGCUAUUUUAUAUCGGGAAUGCAAUAUCGCGAUUGCCUGUUGUGAAUGGCAACAAUUAUAGAAGAAGACAUCAAUUGUACAUUGUUGGUAAAAGAAAAUACGAAUAGUAUAGUUUAAUACCUGCACUGAAACUGCACGUUAGUCUGUCCACUCAUCAAUCUACAAAGGCGCCUUUUUGCGUUGCAAAGUGCGCUCCAUUUUACCACGGUGCUGGGCCGACUUAUCAAAGUCAAACAAAACAAUAAAAGGGCACAACAUUUCAGCUCGAGGCCGAGAGGUAGCAGCCACCUGAACCGCCUAAGCAAAACAACAACAAAAGCAAAUAAAGAAAGAAGCAACACGCAAAAUAAAGAACGAACGCCAAAAUGGAUGUUGAGGAAAACUACGAGUCACAAAGUGCUACAGAGGGCCAACCGCAGUCUCAGUCGCAGCAGGGACAGCAACAGCAACAACAAAUCCAAAUAUUACAAGACAUGCAAUGCGAGCCGUUAUUUGGAACAACAAAUACCACAACAACAACAAAUCCAAUGAUGGAUACCAGUAAUAUUGCAAUACCAUUGCCUGCCCCUCCACAAAUGGUAGCCGCAGUAAUGCCCGUAUCGGCGACAGCAUCAUUAACAUCUUCCACACUACCCGCACAAGCAGCUCCAAUAAAAAGCAUCGGUUCGGCGUUGCCGACAAAUGAUUAUGAUAUUGAUUCGCUGCUGCUUCAGCAAUUCAGUUGUAUGGGCACCACAGAUCAUGAGGAUCUAAUCAGUCAGUUCCAGAGCCUCAUGAACAAUCAGAUGAACAGAGACUCGGCGCGAUUCUAUUUGGAAAUGAGCAAUUGGAACUUGCAAGCUGCAGUCGGUUGUUAUUUGGACUUUUGCGGUCUGCAAUCGUUGCCUUCAAUGAAAAUACUACAGAUUCAACAUGUGAAUCCGCAACAACAGGCUUUUCAGCUGCAAAACGAUGGCACAGAACGUUGGCCCAAUGGCUGCUACUUGACAUCUCCCAUACAGACGCAACGCAUUAAUGUGCCGUCCCUACGUCCGGGCGAAACUUGUGAUAUAUUGGCUGAUUUGAUGCCCACACAGCCUGCCAUUAUGUGGCGUCUGUGCACACCUAACGGCUGGUACUUUGGUGAAGCUAUCUGGAUGAUACCGCCAGGAACUCAGGCCAGCCAGGACGAGUUACAGCAGCGGAUGGUCCAGUUAAUUACUUCGGAGUCAAGGCCCGAGGUCUAUCCACAAAUCAAUAUCGUGAUAACUGCGCGCACACAAUGAGAACGCGCCCCCAUAAUUUAGAUUCGUACAUAAUUAUGUUUGUGUGCGCGAUUUAAAUUGUUUGCACGCCUAAAUUUUCAAUUGUUAGUUUGAAUUCAGAUCCCCCCUAUUGGUUACAGUUAUUACAUAUCUCCAUCUGGAGUCGGAAGGCGUACCAAAAUCCGUACAUCAUGAUAUUUAAAUUUUCGUGAAUCACGCAAGUUGUAGUCCAAAUUUAAAACGUUAUAUUCUAUAAGCAUAAAAUUCGCAAGUAGUUUUUUAUUUUUCCUCAAAAAGUCCCCCUAAAAUUAAUCUUAGAUUUGUAUACAAAUUUUAUACAAACAUACAUACAUUAAAAUUGAUAGCCAUUUAUUUAAAUAGAUGCUGGCGGAGUUGAUGUUGUUGACCUGGACCCAUAAGCUCAAGCCCACAGAAUGUGGGGGCUUAUGUAUGAUGAACAGCAACCGUUGUUUUGGUGUUAGUCAGCUUUUCUGGAAAUCAUUUGUGUAUAAUUUAGGAGACUUAUUAAUUUUUGCAAACCUGUAACAAAUCUAAUUCUAAGUGUUUUAUUGAGCGAAUGAAACAAGUGAAAGAACA